ACAGGCGGAACCAUUCAGCAAAUUAUCAUUUCAAGGGGAACACAUAAUCGGUGAACACAACGUUCGGACUACUUGAAAGUGUUCAGCUGUUACAGUGAUGUUGAAUUGUUCCUCAUGAGGUCCCUCAUUUGCACAUGAAUGCAGGAGCACAAUGACGCCUUUCGCUCCUCUGCAGUCCUGACAUCUCUUACAAAGUUGAUCAUGACAGCCCAACCGACAAAAUGAUAUCCACCACGAGACUCCUGACACUGCUUAACCCACAUCCAGUUAAGAGGAGUUUACCACUGUUCUGCAGUGCUUACUUUUCAAAUCUCACAAGACACCAUGAGAACCUCAACAUAGCACUUUGUCAGUCCGGAUCCUCUUUUAACAAAGCCAGUGCUCACCUACAGGGUAUAUGGUCAUCCUCACUGGCUGGCAACAGAUCUUUCAGCCUCACACCUGCUGGGAUUGUAAAUGCAGCUCCAGCAUCCUUUCAGCCCUACCUCAGAUUAAUGAGAUUGGACAAACCUAUAGGAACUUGGUUGCUGUAUCUGCCUGGUACAUGGAGUAUUGGUUUGGCUGCAGACCCCGGAUGCCUCCCUGAUUUGCGCAUGCUGGCGCUGUUCGGUGUAGGAGCUUUGCUUAUGAGGGGAGCUGGUUGCACAAUCAAUGACAUGUGGGAUAAAGACUUCGAUAAAAAGGUAUCAAGGACCGCCACACGGCCCAUUGCGUCAGGGGAUGUCACGCAGUUUCAGGCUCUGGUUUUCCUCGGAGGUCAGCUGAGUUUAGCCCUGGGGGUCCUGCUCUGCCUGAAUUACUACAGCAUAGCCCUCGGUGCAGCCUCUUUGUCAUUGGUGGUCACCUACCCUCUCAUGAAGAGAAUCACAUACUGGCCUCAGCUUGUUCUAGGUCUUACUUUCAAUUGGGGUGCUCUGCUGGGCUGGGCUGCCGUGCAGGGAUCAUGUGACUGGUCUGUGUGUUUACCUCUGUAUUUCUCUGGUAUAAUGUGGACAUUGAUUUAUGACACCAUCUACGCCCAUCAGGACAAAGAUGACGAUUUUAAAGUGGGAGUGAAGUCGACAGCCCUUAGGUUCGGCCAGGACACCAAACUGUGGUUGAGUGGGUUUAGCGUUGCCAUGUUGUCUGGACUCACUCUUGCAGGAGUGAAUGCCGACCAGACGUUACCGUACUAUUGUACGUUGUCUGCGGUGGCCGCUCAUCUCGCGUAUCAGAUUUACACAGUGGACAUCAACAAACCGGAGGACUGCUGGAAAAAAUUCGCCUCCAACCGAAACCUCGGACUGCUUUUAUUCUUGGGAAUAGUGACUGGCGGUUUUUGGAAAAAGAGAAAGGAUGAUCAAUAUGAAAUACAGCUGAACUCCGUUUCAAAUAAAUAAUAAUAAAGUAUA